AUGUCGGGCCCUGGCGUAGGAUUUGAGUAUCCAUCAGUUGAAGUCUCAUGGCUUCAAAGGGAUCUUCUGCUUUUUGCCAACUCCAUCGGCUGUAAAGCUGAUGAAUUAAACUUCCUAUUCGAACUACACCCUGAAUUUUCCAUGUUUCCAACCUAUCCAAUAAUACUGCCCUUCAAGAAAAACUCGCUCGACAUCGUUGACUUUUAUUCUGCCCAAAACGAGGUUCAAAUACCGAAUGUGCCCAAGCUAGACCCAACCCGCGUCGUCGAUGGACAGCGGCAUAUGCAGUUCUUCCGUCCAUUACCAACGACCUCCCACGGCCGGAAAUUUGAACUCAGAUCCAAGGUUUUGGGGGUCUAUGACAAGGGUAAGGCGGGAACGGUUCUCGAGACCCAACUGGACUUGGUUGACACAGACAAUGGCGAUCUCUACGUCCGUGCCCUCAGCAGCUUCUUCUACGUUGGCCAAGGUCAAUGGGGCGGGCCCAAAGGAAAGCCAACACCCAACUAUGCCCCACCCGCUGGAAAGGCUCCUGAUGCAGUUUCUACCCAACAGACCACUUCUGAGACUGCACUACUGUACCGACUCAAUGGAGAUUACAACCCUCUACACGCGACUCCCGAGCCUGGGCAAAUGCUAGGCUUUGGCGGCACAAUUAUUCACGGUCUCUACAGUUGGAACGUUGCUGCACACGCUGUUUUAAAAACCAUGGGGGGAGGCAAACCAGAAAAUAUCAAAGAAUUUCAGGCUCGAUUCUCUAGUCCUGUCAGGCCAGGCGAUAAACUUAUAACGGAAAUAUGGAGGACUGGAAUCUUCACGGGAGAAUUUGAGGAGAUCAGAUUUCAAACUAGAACUGAGGGAGGUAAGGUGUGUUUAAACAACGGACGGGCGCUAAUCAGACCGGUAAAGAGUCAAACCAAACUGUAA